AAGAUGGCAGAUCCAGGAACGUCUGUCAUCAACCCCCGUCGAGCGCACUUGCAGGGCUUUCUCAAGAUUGUCUUUCGCCCUUUUCUCGCGCACUGUGACGGUGGAGCGAUUUCUGACAGAUCAGUGAAUGCUGUGACUAAGGCCUUGGGGCGAGUUGAUCCGCGUGUGUGGGAGCUCAUCAUCAAGCUUGGUAUUUCGUUUGGUCUGAGCCUCCUUGCGACCCGCUGGAUCAUCACCAUGUUGGACCCGCAGCACAAACAACGUCAGUCUGCUCAGAGGUCAAGAAAGGAGCUGCUGCGACGCCUUGGGAGGGAUGAUAUCAAGACCGACGAGCACGAAGAUGUCAUCGCGAAGGAAGCUGUCAAUCCAGCAUCUAUUGAUGUCACAUUCGACGACAUCGGAGGUCUUGAGGAGCAGAAGCAGAGGAUACGAGAAAUCGUUGUUCUCCCUUUCUGCAGGCCUGAACUGUUCACCCGUGGAAAGCUGCUUCGGCCUCCUCGGGGUGUGCUAUUCUAUGGCCCUCCGGGGACAGGAAAGACAAUGCUGGCAAAAGCCAUCGCCAAGGAGACUCGAGCUGUAUUUCUGAAUGUGAGCUUGUCUACGCUGCAGGACAAGUGGUUUGGGGAGUCGCAGAAGUUAGUUCGAGCUGUCUUCACCUUAGCUUGGAAGCUGCAGCCCACCAUCAUUUUUAUUGACGAGAUAGAUUCCUUCCUCCGUGAGAGGAAAGACGGAGAGUAUGAAGCAAGCUGCAACAUGAAGUCUGAAUUCAUGGCCCUGUGGGAUGGACUUUCGACAGAAUCAUCUGCACAAGUUGUUGUCAUCGGUGCUACGAAUCGGCCAUGGGCUAUUGACAAAGCAAUUUUACGUCGUAUGCCACGGUCGUUCUUGAUCGAUGUCCCCGGUGCACAGCAAAGAGAGGAGAUUCUGAGGAAGAUCCUUUCCCACGAGGUUACAGAGGAGCUCGACUUCGUCCAACUGUCAAAGGAGACGGAGGGAUAUAGUGGAAGCGACCUCAAAGAACUUUGCCGUGCAGCUUUGUUGGCCCCGGUGCAAGAGCUGAUCGAACAGGAGAGCAGAUCUGAGAAGCGACACUGCUCAAAUGAUCUCAGGCCUCUCAAGAUGGAUGAUAUCAUCAAGGCUAAGACGAUGGUCACCCCCACGGGAGAGAGUGCAAACGAUUACCUUAUGAGGUGUACAGGGAUGAGUGCAGAUGAAUUUGCAAAGUUGUUGAAUAUCAAUCACCAGAGCUGAGAUCAAAUGUUUUUUCGUAAACGGACUUAGAAAGC